AUGGAAAAGUAUUCUCAAUUCCGAGAUCGAGGAUCCGGCAUUGCUCCAUUCUUUCCUAUCCCAUCGCAACCAGCAGGAAUAUAUCUCCCCGUACAUGUAUUCCUCUUCCUAUUCAAAUUACCGCUUUUCUUCACGAUCGCGACGGCGUACUUCGUCUUUCUGCAAUGGUUUCCGCUAGGCUCGCUCGGGAAGAAAGCUAUAUUAUGGAUGAUACUUGGAGCACCGGGUAUCUGGUGGAUUGACCUGCAAAUCGAUGGCGUCAAGAAGGGAUCACUGGCAAAGAAGCAUGAUGGCCGGGUGCCCGAACCUGGCAGUGUCAUCGCCUCCUCGUUCACCUCACCAAUAGAUUCGCUCUAUCUAGCCGCGAUCUUCGACCCCAUAUUUACAGUCUCCUACCCGCACACGCGCCAAGUCCAGGUCAUCUCGCUGUUUGGUGCGAUUCUCCGAGCCCUUUCAAAACCGACGGAAUACCCUCCCAAGGGUGGGAAGAUGACCGACAUCAAAACAUUACUAGCUGAGCACCCAACAAGUAUUAUUGUGGUAUUCCCAGAAUGUACAACCACAAACGGCAGGGGCAUUCUACCAUUUAGCCCAAGUCUCUUGACCACACCACCCGGAACCAAGAUCUUCCCCAUUAGCCUUCGAUACACGCCACCAGAUGUGACCACGCCGGUACCAGGCCGAUAUCUGACUUUUAUUUGGAAUCUUCUCUCGCAAUCGACCCACACUAUUCGAGUCCGGAUUGCCGAGGUGGUGUAUAACACAUCCAAACCAUCGGAUAGCAACGAGGACUCCACAUGGGCUUCUAGUUCGCGUGAUUUGAUGAAUGGGGACGAUCAAGACGUUAAUGAACAGGAGCAGAGAGUUAUAGAAAAGGUUGGCGAGGCGCUGGCACGGUUAGGUCGGGUCAAGCGUGUGGGACUGACUGUCAAGGAUAAAGCUGCAUUUGUAAAAGCCUGGUCGAAGGGCAGGUAG